UCUUAAUUUGAACACGCCAUUUCUUUCUGUGUCAGUGUGACAAAGUAAACCUUGAAUGCUGGAACUUUAGAAACCAGAAUUCAUCACAAAUACUGACUUACAGAUUAAUAUAUGUAUCUACCAACUUUAGUUUUGAUGUUGGAUUAAGAGAAAUGACUGAAGCAAUAAUAAGAAAUCACAGAAAACAAAACAAGUCGAUGUAAAAUUUUACAUUUAGAAAAGAGCUGUAAUAUUGUGGUGUGUUGGUGCUAAUGAGUGUUUUUCUACCGGUGAAUGAAAGCCUGUUUUCAAGUUUGAUAGCCCACAUUACAGAUCUGGAAAUAAUCAGAAAGUUUUUGAAUUUGCGUUAAAAUGUGUGAAAGGAAGAAGAUGUAUUACCAAUUCUGUCUAAGUCCUUUACCAGCAAAGAUGUUCUCAGAGGACAAAUGAGCUAUUUUUCAGGAGGUGAAACACUUCAAAUGAUCUAAAACAGUCCAUCUAAUUUAAGAUGACUCGUUUAAGAGAGAGAGACAACAUGGUCAGUGAAACAUGGUGAGGGGAAUAUUCAGGAAGGAUUUAAAUUGCAGCAGGAUAAUGAGUCCCAAAACACCACAAAGCUUUGAGGAAUGACUUGAAGACUAAAAAGUGAUGACUGUCAUGGAUUUUCCUCUACAGUAGCCUGACCGCAACCCCUAUUAAAAAUUUAUGGUGGCAUUUGAAGACGUAAAGUCAAGCAUACCACCACAAGUAGCUCUUUGAAACGAUGUCGGAUCCAGCUGCAAUUACAUUGGUCAUAGGGUUUGUAUAGAGUUCAUGCAGUUAUAGCACUUCACAGGAUUUCACUGUAGAUGACUGGAAAAGUCUCUGAACCAAAAGCAUAGGAAAAAAAUAUUAAAUUAUGUCUGGUUAAUUAUUUUAAAGUUUUUUUUGUGUGUAUUAUGUAUGAGAUUUCUUAGAGUUGCGCACAUCACAUUUAAUUAAUCAGUACAGCUGUCAAAUAACUGAAGAUUUCUCUCAAAUUAUUCAAGAGCAUUUCUGGUUGAUAGUUUGGUCACAAAGCAGAUGAUAAAAACAGUGGAAAGAGGCAUACUGACAAAAAAAUAAUGGUCCACGUCUUACAGGCCUGUUGGAAUCUCCAGUGAUGCCCCCACAUAUAGCUGUGGACACAGUUCAUUAUAAGAUCUUCAUCUGUGGCAAGAGUGGAGUUGGGAAAACUGCUUUUGCUGCUCGUAUUGCGGGUCUGAACAUUCCUAAUGUCCACCAUGAAACCACAGGCAUUGAGACGACUGUGGUGUAUUGGCCAGUGAAGCUGAGGGAAAACGGCAGAGUGCUUUUCUUCCAUCUGCAGCUGUGGGAUUGCGGAGAGACCGCCUUACGCAGAUUUGAUCAUUUGCUUCCAUCCUGUAAGGAGCAGGUGGAUGCCGUCCUCUUCCUCUUCUCCUUCACGGACAGAACAUCCUUUGAUGAGGUGUCAAAUCAAAUAGCUAAAUGGACUGAGCCGUCUGUUGUUAAAGUGGUGGUUGGCACCAAAUUUGACCUUUUCAUGCACUGUGACGUGGCAGAGAGAGAUGUCAGAGAGUUCCAGAAGAAAUGGAGUUUACCAGUGCUGCGUACAGGCGGAGAGGUCAGCAAUGGGCUGGGUGACGUAGCCCCCAUCUUCAACUGCCUUGCAGAGAACUUAUGGCAUCAGGAUUGUGUUAGAGCGGGAGCAACCUGUCACCACCCACUGCAGGAGGCAGUGACUUUACUUUAAAAGUUCCAAUCUGAAAGUAAUUUGUUCAUUAAGAUGAAACUAUCUUAGCGGCAGCCAUGAUUAGAGCUGGAGAUAUCAAGGAAAGACGUAAGUGCUUCCUUCAUAAUUUAAAUAGGAUACAAUCUUUGACCAGAGAUGAUUGUUCAAAAAUUCUGUGCAGUGCGAGAUUGUUUUCUCACAGUUAAAGACGAGGACAGGACAAUGAGACUGAGGUAUUAGGCUUAAUGUGACAAGUUUUGUGAAUUUAAAAUACAAAACAUAAUCUAGAAAUGCAGCUGCCUUCUGUACACCAACUCAUCUGAGAUGGACUCAGUGAAGUGAGAACUACAAGUUUAAAUUCCCUCUGGAAAUCAUGAACUUUUAUCCUCCAAGCAGAAGAAAAAAGGGGGACCAUCCAUCUUAGCACACCAUUUAAACACACACCAACUGUGAUGUAUGGAUGCCUUCUACUUUUGUGAGGGAAACAAUGCAAUAGAUGCAGGUUUUAGAGCAGCAUGAGCUGGCACAGCAACCGAAACAAAAGGUUUCUGUACCAGUUUCAGUUAAUGGUUUUCAAUCGUUGCUUUCUCCAUUGACACUUGUCCCAACAUUUUUUUGGGGGGAAAAAAAUAAAAAAUAAAAAAAAGGUAGUUACAAGAAUCUAUUUUAAAGAGAGAAAAAAAAAACUAUUGUGUUUUGCUGCAUGACUUUCCAAGUUUGAAAACCUGCUCUAACCUUUUUGAUUAUGUACAAAUGGAUGACCAUUUAAAUUGUUAGAUUGCUUAAAUCUCAGAAGAUAGGCAUGCUAAAAAUGGUGGAUGAAAUAAUGAAGUGGUUCAGCAGCUGAUUUAUAAUCUACUUGAGGAAAAUGUAGAGCAAUUAAAUGUGCAUGCCACAGAUGUUCCAAAUAAAUAUUGUUAAGUAGUUGUGUUACAUAUCUCACAUAUUUCACUUGAGAACACAAGAUUUUCCAUCAAGUUGUCCUGCAACAGUAUUUGAGGCUUCGCAUCAGGCUGAUCCGAUUAGUUCAUAAAAACUUUAUUGAUUUGGGAACUUCAUGACAGGCCAAUUAUUUAAGUUAAAAAAAAAAAAGACUCUUCUUAUAAUAGUAGUUUCUGUGCAUUUGUGAAGUGUUGCAGUGCUGGUUUUAUGACUGAGAAAGAGAAAAAAAAAAUUCAAAGUGAACAAUGAACCUGAAUUUCCUUUCAGAAUAAAAAUGUAAAAUUUGGAAAGUGUGCAAGAGUCAACAUGAAUA